AUGACGAGAAGGAAUUUAUCGUUUCUGAAACGAAAAUCGAAUCGCGAUUCGCGGCUAUUGGAUCGAGAAGAUGUACCAAGAGGUCCAAUAUCACCCUUGUUUGGUCCAAAAAUCUAUACUGAGUCAUUGUUUGGCUUGAAAUCGAAAUUAUAUGUUCCCAGUGCUGAGAUGGAUUUAGAAUGGCAACCGACAAUUGGUUCAGUUUUCAAGGUUUUAUUUUCUCUUCGAAUCUCAGCUGCCAUGUGGAGCACAAUAAGUGAUUGCGAUGAGACAUAUAAUUACUGGGAGCCGCUUCAUUUAUUUUUAUAUGGAAGUGGAUUCCAAACUUGGGAAUACUCUCCAUUGUAUGCAAUAAGGACAUAUUUAUAUAUAUUGCUACAUUAUAUACCAGGCUUUCUAUUGAAAAUAUUGUUUUCAUAUAAUAAAAUUGGCGUAUUUAUAACAAUUCGUUGUAUACUAGGCUUAUUCAAUGCAUGUUCUGAAUUGGUUUUGUAUAAAGCUUUAUGCAAUCGCUUCAGUAAUGGUAUAGCGCGAAUUUAUAUUAUACUUACAAUAUUCUCGUCAGGAAUGUUUAUAUCAAGUUGUGCUUUUCUUCCAUCGUCAUUUAGCAUGUCUGUGAACACUUUUGCAAUGGCCGCUUAUAUCAAUAAUGACUGGUUUAUUUCAAUUUUUUGCACUGCUGUCAGUGCUUUAAUCGGUUGGCCUUUUGCUGCUAUUUUGGGUUUUCCGAUUGUUAUUGAAAUGUUAAUUAUUCGUUAUCGUCAAUUUUCCAUAACUUUUGCUCCUCUCAACAUAGUUUUAUAUAAUAUAUUCUCCUCACAUGGUCCAAAUUUAUAUGGCAUCGAGGAUAUCAAGUACUAUUUAAAAAAUCUAGUAUUGAAUUGGAAUCUUGUUAUAUUUCUUGCGCCGUUUGCUGUUCCUUUUUCCUGUUUUGCAUUUGUUCGGACUCGUUCAUCUCGUCAGCUAUCUCAGCGUGUACCAAUAAGGUUAUCGUUUAGCUAUUGGCAACGUUUUCUUCCUGUGCUUUUUAUAUCUCUCUCAGUUGCUUUGUGGAUGCUAAUUUUCUUUUCACAGCCGCAUAAAGAAGAGCGUUUCCUUUUCCCAAUAUAUCCUCUUAUUGCUCUUUUGGCAGCUAUUUCUCUUGAUGCCAUUCCGAGGGUAGGUUCAUUUUUGGUUGGUGGUAAUACACGAAAAUUCUGGAAUAUAUGCGUUGGCCUUUGCUUAACUAUAUUUAUUAUUCUUUCUUUAUCUCGAUCAGUAGCUCUUCAUCGAAAUUUCUCAGCUCCAGUUCAAAUAUUUAAAGCACUUAAUGAACGUUUUACGGAUCCAGUCUAUAUUGAAAAAUCCCGUAUAUCUUCUCAGUCGAAUAGUUCUUUGGUUCAUAUAUGCAUCGGGAAGGAAUGGUAUCGGUUCCCUUCAUCCUUUUUUAUACCUUUACAAAUAAUAGAUCGGCGAAAUCGAAGAUGGAAAGUGGAAUUGAAUUUCAUAAAGAGUGAAUUUUCUGGAAUAUUACCUAAGCCAUUCGCCAAAGAAAAUCUGCCGUAUGCGACAAGAAUUAUUCCAUCAGAAAUGAAUGAUAAAAAUAUUGAAGAACCUUCCCGAUAUAUUCCCGUUAACAUGUGCGAUUUUAUGGUUGACUUAGAGACACCAGAUAUAACGCCACUGGAACCAAAUUUUGCAAAACAGAAUGAUAUGUGGAAAUCUAUAGUGAAAAAACGGUUUCUGCUUUCGGCAUAUUCGCAUUCAUUUUUACGUGCUUUUUAUGUGCCAUUUUUUACUGCUUCAAAUAUACGGUUCAGCAACUAUCAUUUAUUAGAAAGGAUUCGUUAG